ACACGUAGUCACGGCCGACUUCUUAGAACAAAACGUGAAUCGGCAACUUCCCGGGAUUUUUUUUCUUGUUUUUGAUUGGCCAGAAAAAUAAUUUAAUUUCUUGUGGUCCAAUCAAAGGAGGAAACCCCUCGAGUGCACAUUCCCACGUGUUUUCAUCACUCAACAAUUCCUUUACAAAUGACGGAGCUCCGCAAAUUUGGUAGUGUGUUUGGGUCUCUGGCGAGGAACAGAUCUCUAGUUGCAACCAUGGCACAUGAGGAAACUGCAAUAAAGGAUGAAAGCAACUCUAUCUUCACUCGCAUCAAUGCUUUGCUGGAUUCAGCACUGGACCCGAGUCAUGCGGGCCGCGGUCUAUUCACUCCUCCUCAAACGUCGCAUAGUCAACAAUCGUUCAACAACUACAGUCCUUAUUACCAGCUUACGCCACCGAACUCCCGUUCUUCAAGCCCCUUGAGCUUCGAUGAGAAAUAUCACGAGCAUUACCUGGCCAAUAUGGCAACAAGCAUGGGCGGAUCUAUGCCGACACCCCCUGGGAGCCUGCCUGCCUCGCCCCUAGCCUAUCCAUCUCCUAGUGCUUAUGGCGCCUUCCCGUUCUCUCCCAUGACACCUGAGAGUGACACCAGCCCAGUUCGACCAUCUUAUAGCGGUGUGGUUUCCUCCAAGAUGAACUCUGCUAGGCAGCAGUUGUUCCAAAACCCACCAUCUCAAAUGCAGCAGGAAUUUCUUGCAGGUGGAAACUUGCUAACUGACCCCCGGUGGGGUAGUAGUCAGAUGGCUGGCUUGUUGAGCGAUCUUUAUGGCCAAGAGUGGUUACAUAGGCAAGCCCUAAUGCAAUCACCAGAAUACCUGAGAGCCAGAAUCAAGAAAUGGUCUGGACAGUUGCCAAGGCGAAACUACAAGAGCCCAAGCUACUCAUCCAAGGUGUUUCUGGGAGGAGUUCCAUGGGAUAUCACAGAAGCAUCUCUGAUCUUGUCCUUCAAGCCAUUCGGUGGUGUAACUGUGGAGUGGCCGGGCAAAGCUGACGGCAGACAUCUUCACCACCCACCCAAAGGGUAUGUGUAUCUGAUCUUUGACUGUGAAAAGUCUGUCAAGGCUCUGUUGGGCUCCUGCACUCAUGACUUCACAAAUGGUGGAGACUGGUACUUCAAGAUAUCCAGCCAACGCAUGAGGUGUAAAGAGGUGCAGGUCAUACCAUGGGUUCUAUCCGAUACUAACUAUGUGCGAGGGCCUCAUCAGCGGCUAGACACUAGCUGGACUGUGUUUGUUGGUGGCUUGCAUGGCAUGCUAAAUGCUGAGGGGCUUGCUUACAUCAUGAAUGAGCUAUUUGGUGGUGUGGUAUAUGCUGGGAUUGAUACGGACAAACACAGGUAUCCCAUUGGUUCUGGUCGAGUGACCUUUGAUAAUCACAAGAGUUUUAUGAAUGCUGUUAGAGCUGGCUUCAUUGAGAUUGAAACGCCCAAGUUUACAAAAAAAGUGCAGGUGGACCCGUACCUGGAGGACUCACUCUGCGAGACGUGCCACUCUACCCCUGGCCCCUUCUUCUGCCGAGAGGAGAGCUGCUUCCGCUACUACUGUCACUCCUGUUGGCUCUGGCAUCACUCGAUUGAGGGGUUCCGUGAUCACCGCCCCCUCACAAGGACGAGCAAGUCGAGCACCAGCUCACCCAUGUAAAAUGCUGAUGUCCCUACAAGUAUGAUAGCCUUUGGCUCAAGUACAGUGGUGUAGUUUUUGGUUUUGCAGAUGGUGUGCUUUUAAGUGUCGCCUCGUGUGUGGAAUUGGACAUUUGAGGAAAAUCCUUGAGUGCAAUAUUAUUUGGUGGUUUUGUAUUGUAAUUGGGAGCACCUGUGUAUCUCCCUUAGCGUGUGGCUGUACAAGGCCAUUUUUUUCUAACCUUCUUAAUAAUUUUGACAAGUUAUUAUUCUCUGUUUUUGUUUGGUGGUAUGCCUAACUUUCAUUUUGAAAAUUAUGUCAAUUGGUGUUUUAGAUGACUGCUUUAUAGCACAAGCAGUCACACUAUUAAACAGUUGUUUCAAUCUCGUAUAUAUAUAUUGCUACUAUGAUAUCAGGUAUAGAUACAAAGGUAGCAAAACCAGCUCUUAAAAAAGAAAAAAAAAGAGUUUUUUAAUGUUUAAAUCUUGUAAUCUUAGAAGGCCAGAGAUUGUUUGGAAUCAACCACGGAAUAUAUUUUACAUGCAUUCGAUGAUGACAUGCAUUUUUUUUCACGCUAGACUGUUGUUGUUUUUCAAAACACCUUGAAUUUUCUGAUCACUUUGUCUUCAUAUUGUAAAUGAAAUAAGAAACAUAAUUUUUAGACUGUAAGAAAGGUUUUUAAUACCUUCUGCUUGAUUCCACACUACAAUAUGGCCUAUACAAAUCACAUAUUUAUUCUGGUAUAGGAGCACGACUAUGAAAUAGUACAAAAACUCACGUCUAGUUAUGCUUUUUCUAUAGUUUGGAGAAUAUUUUAUAGCUUUUUGUACUUGCUGUGAACUGCCUUAUCGUUAGGAUUAUGGCAUGGACAGCUUUAUAUUUAAUACUUUUGGUGUUCAAAGGUCUUUUAAUAUUGUAAUUUAAUAAUAACAUCAGUUGUCAUUGUUCUUGUGGUCUCGCUCCAACUGUCCGCAUAAUCAGUUGGUUUUUGAGCUAUGGCUGUAUGUGAUCACAAGAAAGCGCUUUUUAAAUAUGAUCUCUAUUGAGAUAUCAUUUGCUAUUGCCAGCUAUGAUAUACAUCACAUUUUUUGCUGUUAUACUAUCUAGCAGCUCAACUGUAUAUUUGCUAUUGUUACGUUUACAUUUUGUACACCAACUAUCAUUAAUUACUAAAUUAUAGUUGAUUGCGUGUUCUGCACUUUAAUUCAGUUCUGUUCGAUAGCUUGAUCAUACUUCUCUAUUGUGAGACGACCAUCAAGUACUUUUCACAAUUCAUUUUUUAUUCAUUUUAGUUUGACAUUUGAUGCUAGCUUUAAUUUAUUUCAAUUGUGAGUUUUCACUAACAUGUUUUAUAUGUUGUAGAAUAAAAAUAAAAAAAAUAUGCAAAGAAAAUACGCAAAAAGCUUGUAAGCUUUAGCACACUGUUUGCAGUUUUAUCAUAUAAGGAAAUAAAGUUGCAUGUCAACCCCA